GGAUAAAUCAGAAAGUCCACGAGGUCAGAUUUUUUUAAAAAACUUCAUAGAGGGUAUGUCCCUAAAUUUUUCACUGCUAAGUCCUUCACCAGAGUUCAUACCCGGGACUGCGGAGUCUCCCAAAGAGGAAGAAGGCCGGGGGGAUCGAGGGUCCGUCUCCAUCUCCGUCAAAUGGCACCGAAGCCUAUAUCGAGUCCAGUACCCGUCGCGUGGUAUCCGUCGCUGGCCGUGCUGAUGCUUUCCAUCGGUCUCGUCGUCACCGCUUCCUUCUUCAUCUACGAAGCUACUUCAUCCAGACGGAACCGUAGUCUAUCAAAGGAGAUCACGACUGGAGCCGUGGCAUCUGUUUUCUUGGGUUUUGGAUCUCUGUUCUUGCUCCUUGCAACUGGUGUCUAUGUUUAAUCUUAGAAUUGCCCAAAAAAUAUUUUGAUUAUUCAUCAUACUAGUUGUGCCAAUGCGUGCUAUAUGGAACUUGGAACUCCCUUGUGGACCCGGACCUGAAAUGCAGGACGCUGCAGCACUGGUGAAUCGGGAUUUUUGUUUCAAUAUUUAGACCUAUGGUAGGUGUAGUAUUUUGCUGCAUGAUUUGAUACUCCUGUUGUAUUUUGUUACCUUAUAACGUGGCGGUGUGAUGAGUACGUAGCAAAAGCUAUAUGGCGUAGAAAGAUGAUUUUCUCCAGUGAUUCUCAAGCUCGCUCACCCAAAUGAACCGAAAGAAUUUUGAUUUUUGAUGAAGUUCAGACCCAUUAACUAG